AUGCCAGUACACGUAAUCGCAGAUCCCUUCGUGUUUGUCCCCAUCUCCAGUGCAGAGGCUGCUCAAGGUAGAGGUGCAGCGAAACGAGUUGUACGAGCUCAUGUCACACGAGUCCAACAUGCCAAAACUAGCACGCCUGGGAGCCACAUGCAUCUGCAGCCAUGGACUGUGAAACCAUACACACCUCGAGAGUCCCUGCCGGUUCGAAGGAAACUGCAGACAAAAGGAGCACCUGAACGAAAACGAGCUGCACCCACUUCGAGCUCGAGCAAGGAUCCAUCAGCGCCCGAGGACGCAGACAAGCCAGAGGCGUCGGGCUCGCCGAAUCAUAUUCAAGCUCUUGUUCGAGCACCUAGUCCCAGACUGCCUACGACAGGCGGCGCUUCAGAGGAUCCAUUCUGGACGUUUCCGGUAGACUAUCAACCAUGGCUACCUCCAGUAUUUGCACACUACAUUCAAAACAUCGCUGUCAACAUUCCUGAUAUAGACGGCCCGGGACGAAAAGGGCUUCUUCGUCGAGUCUGGUUCCCUUUGUGCAUGACGGAGCCCGCAACGAUGUAUGCCGUCCUACUAAUGGCAGCAUCCCACUACGCUGUCAUCAAUCCUACAAAGGAGAACAAAAGGAACGCCGAGCUGCUCCGUGCUCGAGCCGUCCACGAAAUCAUCGCCGCCAUCUCCGAGCCUGGCCGAGUCAUCACCGACGCCAUGAUCGGCGCCGUUGCGAAAAUGGCCGCCUACGAAGCCGUCUUCGGCGACACCGAACGUUUCCAGGCACAUAUGGAAGGCGUACACAUGAUGCUGAACCUCCGCGGCGGAAUGUCCACCCUGGGACUCGAUGGCCUAUUGGAACGGAUGCUCGUCUGGAUCAAUCUAAAUGCGUGCUGGCUGACGGGCGUUAAAAAUGAGAAGUUUGAAUCGCUGCCCACCCAGGUCUUCUUCGAGGCGCCGGACCCAUAUCACUUUGCGGGAAUCGCUUGA